AACUGAGCGAGGAGCAAUUGAUUAAUAGCUCGGCGAGGGGACUCACUGACUGUUAUAAUAACACUACACCAGCAACUCCUGGCUUCCCAGCAGCCGGAACACAGACAGGAGAGAGUCAGUGGCAAAUAGACAUUUUUCUUAUUUCUUAAAAAACAGCAACUUGUUUGCUACUUUUAUUUCUGUUGAUUUUUUUUUUCUUGGUGUGUGUGGUGGUUGUUUUUAAGUGUGGAGGGCAAAAGGAGAUACCAUCCCAGGCUCAGUCCAACCCCUCUCCAAAACGGCUUUUCUGACACUCCAGCUGUCUGACAACAUCUACCCGGUGGAGGACCUCGCCGCCACGUCGGUGACCAUCUUUCCCAAUGCCGAACUGGGAGGCCCCUUUGACCAGAUGAACGGAGUGGCCGGAGCUCUACAGUGCUGAGACUCUCGGCCUUGGAAAUGGACCUAUGUGAGCGGGGGUGAGAAGGGAGUCCUGGCUGUAUUUUCAUUGUUCCACCUCCAUUCUGCCUUUCCCCUCCCCAGAUGGCAUGAUCAACAUUGACAUGACUGGAGAGAAGAGGUCGUUGGAUCUCCCAUAUCCCAGCAGCUUUGCUCCGGUCUCUGCACCUAGAAACCAGACCUUCACUUACAUGGGCAAGUUCUCCAUUGACCCUCAGUACCCUGGUGCCAGCUGCUACCCAGAAGGCAUAAUCAAUAUUGUGAGUGCAGGCAUCUUGCAAGGGGUCACUUCCCCAGCUUCAACCACAGCCUCAUCCAGCGUCACCUCUGCCUCCCCCAACCCACUGGCCACAGGACCCCUGGGUGUGUGCACCAUGUCCCAGACCCAGCCUGACCUGGACCACCUGUACUCUCCGCCACCGCCUCCUCCUCCUUAUUCUGGCUGUGCAGGAGACCUCUACCAGGACCCUUCUGCGUUCCUGUCAGCAGCCACCACCUCCACCUCUUCCUCUCUGGCCUACCCACCACCUCCUUCCUAUCCGUCCCCCAAGCCAGCCACGGACCCAGGUCUCUUCCCAAUGAUCCCAGACUAUCCUGGAUUCUUUCCAUCUCAGUGCCAGAGAGACCUACAUGGUACAGCUGGCCCAGACCGUAAGCCCUUUCCCUGCCCACUGGACACCCUGCGGGUGCCCCCUCCACUCACUCCACUCUCUACGAUCCGUAACUUUACCCUGGGGGGCCCCAGUGCUGGGGUGACCGGACCAGGGGCCAGUGGAGGCAGCGAGGGACCCCGGCUGCCUGGUAGCAGCUCAGCAGCAGCAGCAGCAGCAGCCGCCGCCGCCUAUAACCCACACCACCUGCCACUGCGGCCCAUUCUGAGGCCUCGCAAGUACCCCAACAGACCCAGCAAGACGCCCGUGCACGAGAGGCCCUACCCGUGCCCAGCAGAAGGCUGCGACCGGCGGUUCUCCCGCUCUGACGAGCUGACACGGCACAUCCGAAUCCACACUGGGCAUAAGCCCUUCCAGUGUCGGAUCUGCAUGCGCAACUUCAGCCGCAGUGACCACCUCACCACCCAUAUCCGCACCCACACCGGUGAGAAGCCCUUCGCCUGUGACUACUGUGGCCGAAAGUUUGCCCGGAGUGAUGAGAGGAAGCGCCACACCAAGAUCCACCUGAGACAGAAAGAGCGGAAAAGCAGUGCCCCCUCUGCAUCAGUGCCAGCCCCCUCUACAGCCUCCUGCUCUGGGGGCGUGCAGCCUGGGGGUACCCUGUGCAGCAGUAACAGCAGCAGUCUUGGCGGAGGGCCGCUCGCCCCUUGCUCCUCUCGGACCCGGACACCUUGAGAUGAGACUCAGGCUGAUACACCAGCUCCCAAAGGUCCCGGAGGCCCUUUGUCCACUGGAGCUGCACAACAAACACUACCACCCUUCCCUGUCCCUCUCUCCCUUUGUUGGGCAAAGGGCUUUGGUGGAGCUAGCACUGCCCCCUUUCCACCUAGAAGCAGGUUCUUCCUAAAACUUAGCCCAUUCUAGUCUCUCUUAGGUGAGUUGACUAUCAACCCAAGGCAAAGGGGAGGCUCAGAAGGAGGUGGUGUGGGGACCCCUGGCCAAGAGGGCUGAGGUCUGACCCUGCUUUAAAGGGUUGUUUGACUAGGUUUUGCUACCCUACUUCCCCUUAUUUUGACCCAUCACAGGUUUUUGACCCUGGAUGUCAGAGUUGAUCUAAGACGUUUUCUACAAUAGGUUGGGAGAUGCUGAUCCCUUCAAGUGGGGACAGCAAAAAGACAAGCAAAACUGAUGUGCACUUUAUGGCUUGGGACUGAUUUGGGGGACAUUGUACAGUGAGUGAAGUAUAGCCUUUAUGCCACACUCUGUGGCCCUAAAAUGGUGAAUCAGAGCAUAUCUAGUUGUCUCAACCCUUGAAGCAAUAUGUAUUAUAAACUCAGAGAACAGAAGUGCAAUGUGAUGGGAGGGACAUAGCAAUAUCUGCUCCUUUUCGAGUUGUUUGAGAAAUGUAGGCUAUUUUUUCAGUGUAUAUCCACUCAGAUUUUGUGUAUUUUUGAUGUACACUGUUCUCUAAAUUCUGAAUCUUUGGGAAAAAAUGUAAAGCGUUUAUGAUCUCAGAGGUUAACUUAUUUAAGGGGGAUGUACAUAUAUUCUCUGAAACUAGGAUGCAUGCAAUUGUGUUGGAAGUGUCCUUGGUGCCUUGUGUGAUGUAGACAAUGUUACAGGGUCUGCAUGUAAAUGGGUUGCCUUAUUAUGGAAAAAAAAAUCACUCCCUGAGUUUAGUAUGGCUGUAUAUUUCUGCCUAUUAAUAUUUGGAAUUUUUUUUAGAAAGUAUAUUUUUGUAUGCUUUGUUUUGUGACUUAAAAGUGUUACCUUUGUAGUCAAAUUUCAGAUAAGAAUGUACAUAAUGUUACCGGAGCUGAUUUGUUUGGUCAUUAGCUCUUAAUAGUUGUGAAAAAAUAAAUCUAUUCUAACGCAAAACCACUAACUGAAGUUCAGAUAAUGGAUGGUUUGUGACUAUAGUGUAAAUAAAUACUUUUCAACAAUA